AAUUUGUCAAUCGUUGAUAGGUAUCGCGUAUCGUGUACCUAUUUUAUAUAAAUUUAUAACAAAAAGGAUGUCAAUUCUAUGACGAUUUCUAUCUUAAAUUCUAUAUAGUAAUAAGCGUAAUAUAAUGGAAGAAGAAGUUUCAUCGUUUAGCGAUACAAUGCAACUCAACGGUGAGAUCGAAUGGCAACCACUAGCUCUUACUUUGGUUGAAUAUCCAAAAGGUGAUUGGAUAGGGAAGUUCUUUGCCUUUAUUAGCCUGUCGCCUUUUGGAAUUGGCGCCGGAUUCGUCACGCUAGUGUUAUUUCGUCGAGAUCUUCAUACCAUUGCCUUCUUCUUAGGCACACUGGUCAAUGAAGUAUUAAACAUAAUAUUAAAGCACAUAAUAUGUGAAGCAAGACCUCUAGCGAGAGGGCAUCUGUACAAUGAAUAUGGAAUGCCAUCUUCACAUGCUCAAUUUGUUUGGUUCUUCAGUAUAUAUGUACUGUACUUUGUUGCUGUAAGAUUGCACCAUAUAAACAAUAAUAGUAUAAUAUCUGCAUUGUGGAAAGGCAUCAUAGUCAGUGGGUGUUUAAGCCUAGCCGUGCUGGUGAGCAUAGGUCGGGUGUACCUACACUACCACACGUCCUCACAAGUCAUAGUGGGGGCCCUUGUCGGCUUCCUCUUUGCUACAAUAUGGUUUGCCGUGGUGCAUAGAGUUCUGACGCCAUUAUUUCCUCAUUUAGUUUCAUUAAAAGUCUGCGAGAUGCUAAUGAUCCGUGAUACGACGCUGAUCCCCAACGUGAUGUGGUUCGAGUACACCACGACGCGGCAGGAGGCGCGCGCGCGAGGACGCAAGAUGGCGGCGCUCAAGCCCGCGCAAUGACGGUACGCCGCGCCGGCGCCGGCGCCGCGGCGGCCGCGCGCGUGACUGCUGGCGGCGGCGGCGCUGGCGCUGCUCGGCGCCGCCCUGCUGGCGCGCUGCUCGGGCCAGCCGCUCGUCCUCGCCCUGCACCCCGCACGCUUGCCGCGGUACGAUACCUAGACGGUAUUUUAAACGAUUAACUUGUAAAAAAUAAGCUAAGGAAAAAUGUUACAUUGGUCAUUUUGGAUUUACUGUGCCCGGGAUCUAGUGCGGGUUUGGUUAAUGGGGUUGGCGACUGUCGAAGGUUUUUAUAGAUGGCGCCGGCAUAAGUUUCUUCUGUUUUUAGUUUUAUAGUGCGAUUUGGCUUAAAGGUUAGGUCCGAGUCAUAACAUUCCAAAGAAAAACAAGAAUUUGAAAUUUUUGGUAAGAUAUAGAUCUAUACUGGCCCAUCCGUAAAAAGAUUCGAUCGGCCAAUCCCCAAUUCUGUUGUAUUUUUUAUUCUAAGCAGAAUACGCCGUAGGUAGAUACAAUUAAUCAGUUUUUUAAUCUCCCGAGCGCUACUAAGUAUCAUAUUUACAUGUUCAGGAUAUAGUAUAUAUUAUGCCAGAUGCAGAUGCCAGCCUAGUUUGAAAAGCGAGAAUCGCAAAGCGUGAUGUAAAUUCUUUUUUUUUUUUAACGGGUUAUCCAUUAAAUAACGUCAAACUCUUGACGUAAAAUUACAUAAAUAAACGUGUGACGUAAUUAAUGGAUGACCCUAGUUUAGGUACACCUUAACCAAAAUUACAUAACACCAUUGUAAUUUUUCCGCUUUACUGUUUAAAGUACUUAGCUUGAUUACUACUUUAUUCGGUGCCAGUCGGUAGACCUAAAACAUUAGUUGUGUUGUUUGCAGCUUACAUUAUUUUUACGAAAUACCUAUUAGUUGGUAUAUUUUGAGUGGCGCCAAAUUUUAUGAGCAAAUACGAUUUCACUUGUUUACUCACCGAUGACUGAGGUUGUGAAACAGACUUCUUUCAUUAAACAUCCAUAACCAGUUAUUAUAGUUGUGAACCAUUACUCAAUAUGCAUAUAAUUAAUUAUGCAAAUAACUUUCAAAGAGAGUAGCUAUGAGGUUUAACGCGCAAAGCUCAACACAGAUGGCGCUGUUGUAUAACGAUUUUUAGUGAUUGGCGGGAUUUUAUAAUUUUGAAUUCAAUUUCAGGCUUCAAAUAAAAAAAGAUAUAUUAUAUCUUGUUUAAGAGCCUCGAAAUAACCCCUAAAAUUAAAAUUAAUGUUAUUGCAAAUUUGAUGUUUUUCAAAAAUAAAUUUUAAAAUACGAAAAUCGCAACUAUAUUUAUAAUAAAAAGCAAGCAACAACUUGGCGCUUUACACCUUUCCCUAAGCGCCCUCUGUAGUUAGCAAUGAACAGCUUAAAAACCUCAGUACCUACGAGUACAUAGAGCUAUACAAAUUAUUACAUUUACAACUUGCUAGUACAUAGCCUUUAGACUGCCAAUGGCUGAUUUAAUUAUUGAAAACUUUAUGUCUUAUUACAUAAUUGUUUGUGUAUCAUGUAAAAAAGACGUAAAUGGAUUGUAGAUAUUAAAAACAAUUUGUUUGAGACAAUGUCAAGGAAAACACUUCUUAAGUGUGUAAAAACUUAUGAAAUAAGGUUUUAUAAUAGUAUGUAUGUAUUUAUAUUUGUAUUAAUGUUGUUAAAAUGUUAUAAGGAAUAAAGGGAAGCCACUUUUAACAAAUGAUUUGUUGCCAAUUCAAAACUUACUUAUGGUAUUAGGUUAUUUCUUUUACAUGAAGAAAUAAGAAUUGUAAAUUCCGUACGAAUAGUACAAUCAAUGCAAAGAUCUCUGGCCCCCUUUGCAUACCAAUUGGUAUUGUAAAUUUAUUUUAUAACGUAAUCAAAAAAUAUUGAAAGUUAAUCUAGUAACUUUGUCGCCUUUUGUAACGGUGUUCGUUUGCGUCAAAUCCGGUAGUUCUGAUUUUUUGCAGACUUGUUUUUGUUUAUAAUCUUGGCUUAAUGAAUAAUCCGAGUUAUAUGGAAUUAUUCCUAAAUUAUAUGAAAAUGAUAAUAAUUUGCCCUAGUUGCUAAGAGCAGGAAGACAUAUUGAUUGGACCUGGGGAGCCGUACCUUUCCCCUCCUUUUUUGGGGGGCAGGCACGGUACGAUCUCGUGGCUAGCGGGCCAAAUCAGCUUUGUUUGACCUUAGGAACAAGCGUGCCAAGCGGCAUCUUACUUUGUCUACGAAUACCAGAUCGAAAAAAUUAUAAAUUUGGAAAGACUUUAUCUCGAAAAUUAUUAGACCUACAGAGACAAUUCUAGUCUCGUAUUGUAGCAAAUUUAGUCUACUUUAAAAACGCCCAGAGAAGGUGCUAUCAAAAACUAGUCCUAUAGGGUUAUAAUCGCUUAAAUAAAUAAAAACCUAAACAUUCGCUGUUUUUGCGAUUUUUGGCAAAGUUGCGUUUGGCGCUCGAGGUUACAAACUUGCUGGUUUUUUCAUUGGGCAAACAUCAUAAACAAGUCUGCAAAAAAUCAUAACUACCGGAUUUAACGCAAACGCUAAUGUAUAAAGUUUACUAUCUGUAUGACCAUUACCAGAUUGUUGUUGUGAUAAGUAGGUACAGGUCAUAGAAUCUAGAGGGGAAUGGAAAAUGAUGAACUCAGGUAAAAUCUAUCGUGAAUAAAUUUCAAAAUUUAAUAUGUCGCUAAAGGUUUCAUAUCUUUACCUCCACUCUGCUCUAUUCAAUACCUAAAACAAUAUUUUUUUCAUCACACUUGCUCGAAAUCUUAUUUAAUGCAGGUAGGUAUACUGAAGGACAAAAGCAUGUAUUGCUCCCGGGGGAGUUAUGGAUUGUAAAAAAACUUAUAGCUCUUUUUUUUAUUGUGUCACUAAUUCAUACGAACCAAGUAGGUAUGAAUGAGUUUUACUUUUUAAUUACUAUUUUACAGUACAUAUGGUGCUACUUUACCGCACUAGUGCGAUAAUUAGCAUAUUACGUAACUAUGUCGAAAAUUUAAAUGGAUGUACUGUAAAACGUCGUACGAUACAUGUGCGAAUAGGUAAUACGCAACUCGUGUCGAUUCUCCCUUCGGUCGUGUUUUAUCACCACUCGUUUAGAAUUUCCUAUUUUCGCACUUUUAUCGUAAUGUACUAUUACAGUACAUAUGGUGCUACUAUCCCGCACGCGUGCGGAAAUGAGCAAUUUCCGUGCAUUUGUCGAAAUUUUAAAGAGCCAUAUGUACUGUAAAAUAUACGAUACACGUGCGAAUAGGUAAUUCGAUUUAAAACACUCCGUUCCGUUCGGUCGUGUUUUAAUUUAUCAUCACUCAUUGCGAAUUUCCUAUUUUCUGCACUUGUAUCAUAAAUAACUAUUUAUUGUUUAGGAACAUUAAAAAUGUAUUUAAUUUGAUUGAUUUAAUAGCCGUUAAAAAUAUUUUUACGGAAUUUUCAAUCGUGGUUGACAUGUUUUUUCUUGGACGGACACAUCUUCUACUAUCAAUAACUGUUUUGAAAUAGUAACCUGUAGCGGCAUUGUAUAGGUUGAUUCACAAAAGCUGGCACGGAUUCUAUAUGAAAAUUUUGUCAAUUCAUGAAUUCAGUACAAAUCUCGCGCCAGCCUUUUAUGAAUUUACCUAUACAAUCGGGCUACAGAUAUAACCUACUUAUAUAUUCUCGAUGACCACAGUAUACCUACCUACCUGAAGUAAUCAAAUAAUUAUAAGCCGCUUUUAUAACAUUCCCCAAAUGUAAGUAAUAGAUCGAACAUCACGUAUUCACCUUCAAACCUAGUUCAUACGAAUGUGUUCAAUGACGCGAAAAUAUAUAAUAAAUUAUGUAGGUACUAGGUUUUUUAUUUCUAGUCUAAGAUAGCUUUUGAUAAUGUUUAAAUAUUUACAAAAGCAAGGCGUGUGGACGUUUCUGGCUAACAAUAUUCACAGGACACGAUUGAUUAAUGUAAAUUGUAAAAUUCAUUUUUCCUAACUUCUUGACAUUCUGUAGAGUCGGAAAGCAAUAAAAACACGUGCAUAACAUGCAUUAACACAACUUAUGAGACUUAUGUAAUCGUAAUAUACAAUUGCAGUCCCUAUACGGUUCUCUAUGUAAAUUUUACCGUACGCUUACCUACUAUUUCAUAGUCGGUAAUUAAUAGUACAUAACAAACCGCAGUAUAUUUUUUAGCCAAGGAAUUUUAGUAGAAUACAAAUUGAUACAUAUUUUAGGAAAUAGCUUCUGUGUCGCAAAACGUACUUAAUUUGAAUCACCUAGGUGUUGAACUGAAACAAACUAAUUUUAUUACUCGAAUGAUAUAGGUACCUAAUUUGUAUGUGACUAUUUAAACUUCAAGUGCGCAAAGUACUCUCAACAGCACACCUGCAGACGCAGGCAGGUUAUCUACGUAGAAAGUUUCAAAAUGUACUGUACGUUAUGUACUUAUUGUUAUUGUUAAAUUUUAGGUUCUUCGCUCGCUAUUUUUGCUGACAAGAGUCGAUAAUAUCGUUGAUUUUUGUGAUGUCCCAAAAAAAAACUUUAUAUUUUCUUAAAUUUUAUUGAUACGUCAUAGACUGCGGGCCAGGAGCAUAUCUUAUCGUCUCCCGGCUCAUACUUAGUCAGAUAAUAAUUAAAAAUUAGUCAGCCGGUUGUAUCGCGGUGGAAAGACCGUCAGCUGGUUACAUGAUGUAAAAAAUAUGUGCCUUACCACUUGGACAUAACUAUGCGUAAUCCGUUUAUUGAAACGCCUGAUGGAAUCCUACAUGCAAAGUUUCAUGAUUUUGUUAUCACUAUCAUAAAAAGGUAAAGCGCUUAUUUUUUACAUGUUCAUGCGACCAGCUGACGGUCUUUCCACCGCGAAACAACCGACUGACGAUUUUCUAAAUUCACAAUGGCGUGUAAACUAUCAUCUGACAAAGUAUCAAACGGUGGACGAUGACACUUUUUUUUUCGUGUUUCGGUGGCUGCCAUAUACAUACCCGCAUUAACCACUAUACGAAUUUCCGCCGGGAAGGCGAUUAGUCAUGGAAAUCUGUGGCUGGCUCGCGGUCUAUAAUAAGAUAAACCAUGCACAAAAAUAGAGCCUAAGAACCUAACUAUGUAUUUUUGUGGCUCAGAAAUUAGAUAUUUUAUCUACUUAAUUAUAUGUUUUAUCUUGUUAAAAGGAGAGUAAUGUUUUUCGAGCGUAUGCAUGUAUGUAUGUCCUUUUGUUUAGCCCCGCCCUACAGCCCAAACGGUUGGACGGUUUUUUACAUAUGAAGUUUCGUUGAAUUCGUUAGAAUUGUGGUAGUGACAUAAAAAAAAUCCGAUUUUUUUAAUAAUAUUGAGAAGGAUAAAACUGUUUUUUUUUUCUUACCACAAUAUGGGUAUCAAAUGAAAGCUAGUGAAAAGGCCAUUUCAAAAACAUAUUCAAGUAGUAGUCGGGUUUUUUUGUUUUUUAAUUAAUUUACUUGUUUGUGUUUACAGUUGUGUGCAAUAUAAUAGCAGUACAUAAGAAAAUGUAUGGGGAAAACUAUAACUUUAGAUCAAUAAUAUUGGAUCUUUUUUAUAUAAUUCUUCUGCAUUGCUUGACAUUGUUUCAAAAUUAACUGUAACAUUUACUUAAAUAAUAUUGGAAGUAAAAUAUAUUAUGGAAUUUGGCUUCUUCAACUUCCGGAAAUUCUUAUAAAAAACGUAAAACCCUACCUAAUUUUCAUUUUCUUACUCGUAUUGAAUAUACUAUUAUAUAGCACACAACUGUACAUAUAGGUAUUGACCACAUACUGUCAAUAGAAUUUCAUCCUUAUUAAGUGUAUUUAGACUCCUAAUUAUGAUCCAAAAAGAUACAAGAAGAAUUAAAACAAAUCUCACAAAACUGUUAGUUCAGUGCACAUUAUUAUUGGCUGGCCAAUAUUGUUUCAUUAUACAUAAAACAAGUUAAGUAAACAUUUACUUAUCUAGUCUUAUUAAAUGGUGUUUUAAUCUGUCCUAAACUUAUGUUAUGCCUUAUAAAACUUAUUAAUAAAUUAGAAUAUAAGAUUGUUUUAAACCAUGCUCAAUAAUUUUAUUUCUAAUGUAUUUAUCUGUAUUCAUCUUUUUUUAAGUAUUGUUAAGUCAGUCAGUGUCUAUAGGCCACACAAGAUAACAGUUAUUUCUGUGUUGGCUAUCUACGACAAACAUAAUAAAUAAUAUAAUACACCAAUAAUACUAAUAACUGAUAAAUCGUAGUAGGUACCUACGUGAAUAGUGACUUCCUCUCGGAAAUAGCGUGGGAUAUGAAUAUGAAAUAGAUAGAUGCCCUAGAUUGCAGCCUACAUCGUGGCAUCAGCUAGAUAGACUUGCAAUUUACAUUAUAUACCUAAUAUGAACCGGGAACCGGGACACAUAUAAACUAGAACCUAAGCAAUGUUAUCUCAUUGUCACAGUAUUGUCAUAUCCUAUCAGUGGCGAGGUGUUUGUGAAACCCACUUCUAAUUUAAUUCUUUGAACGCCGAAAAACGCUUAAAGUCUAAGUGACUGUGAGUUCUGCCUCAUAAGUGAUGUAUUUAUUUAUUAUGUACCUUCUGGCUUUCAUAUGCCCCUUUGUGUGCGGGUGACACUUUUGUAUAUGACUUAAGGCGUUCAACGGGCAUUUAAUUGGCUAUGUUAACACUACUCCUGUCCAUUUAUCAAAAUACAUGGAUCGGUAAAGUGUUAAGAUGCCGGUAUCAUACGUUCAUACAUACGUCGCUUUAUAAAAAAUUGGUCAAGUGCGAGUCGGACUCGCGCACGAAGGGUUCUGUACCAUCUAUAUAAACGGCAAAAAAAUUACGUUUAUUGUAUGGGAGGCUCCUUAAAUAUUUAUUUUAUUCUGUUUUUAGGGUUCCGUAGUCAACUAGGAACCCUUAUAGUUUCGCCAUGUCCUUCUGUCUGUGUCUGUCCGAGGCUUUGCUCCGUGGCCGUUAGUUUUAGAAAGCUGAAAUUUGGCAUGGAUAUAUAAAUCAAUAAAGCCGACAAAGUCGUAGAAUAAAAUCUAAAAAUAUUUUUUUUAGGGUAUUUUAGUGGGGUAGAAUUUUUUUUUUGUUUCAACCAUACAGUGUGGGAUAUCGUUUGAAAGGUCUUUCAAAACUAAUAGGGGUCUUCAACAAUUUUUUUGAUAAAGUGAAUAUAUUCGGAUAUAAUCGCUCCGAAAGAAAAAAAAACGUGUCCCCCCCCCCUCGACCUUAUGAACCAGACGUCAAAAAAAUAUGAAAAACAUCGUGGAAGUAGAGCUUAAGAAAGACAUUAAAUGAAAACUAUAGCGGACAUGAUCAGUUUAGCAGUUUUUGAGUUAUCGCAAAAAGUUUCCCCUUCAUAGUAAAAAGACGUACAGUUCAUCCACAGUUCAUCCCUUGGUUAAUUAUCUACUAUACUUUAAGCUCCAGUUUAGCUUAUUGUGAUGGAAGAGUAACUACGGAACCCUACUCUGAGCAUGGCCCGAUAUGCUCUUGGCCGAUUUUUUAGUAUUUGUUGUUAUAGCGGCAACAGAAAUACAUCUAUGAAAAUUUCACCUGUCUAUCACGGUUCAUGAGAUACAGCCUGGUGACAGACGGACGGACGGACAGCGGAGUCUUAGUAAUAGGGUCCCGUUUUACCCUUUGGGUACGGAGCCCUAAAAAAGCAGACAAAAUUAACUUCGGCUUACCUUUGUGAGACGCCUCGCCAUUGCUAUUGAAUCACCUCCGCCGAAAAUGGCAUCAUAUACGAUUAGUGACAUCAUUUCCCCAGAAUGAUAGAAAUUGAACAAGUGGAACAUGAAAAUAAUAUUCUUGUACGGCUCGAUUGGUAAUAAAACAAAAUAUGUAAAUACUUUUUUCUGUACAAAAAUUGUAAUAAAUUUUUAAUAUUAUA